AUGAAUUAUAAUUUUAAUGAUUUAGAUAUUGGAAAUUAUUUUAAAGAUGGUGUAGAAAUAUUCGUCCAAAUUGACGACCCUCCAUCACAACGUCCUAAAAUGGUCAAAUUAUAUCGAGAUGAUGAUUUAUCAAAAAUUCGUGGAAUACUCCAAAAAAAAAUAGAAAUGAACGAUACAUUAUUAUUUGCGAAAAAAAACAAUAGACUUUUGGCUGAAAUUCUAAGAAAUGAAGAAAUAUAUAAUAAAUUAAAUGAAAUUUUAGAUGGUAAUAUUCUAUACUUGGUGAAAAAUUCAAUUCCUGAUUGGAAAUUUUUAAACGUAAAGCGUAAUUUAGAUUAUGGACGCACUGUAACUCUUGAUGGAAUUAAAAUAGCAAAAAAGAGAGCAUUUGAAAUGAAGCAAUGUAAAAUUACUGAAUCGGAUAAAUGUAAAAACGGAAAAAUUGAAUUUAGUACAUAUGAAAAUUGGGUGAAGGAAACAAAUUUAUUUUUUACCAACGAUAUGUAUGUAGAGAAUUUAGUUAAGUUAGAAGUAAAAUUUGAAAUGGAACAAAAUAAAAGUUUUAAAUUUGGAAUCAAUUCAUUUUAUAAUUAUACAGAACAUGGUAAAGCUUCUUUAGAAUUCAGCGAACAUUUAGAACCAACUGCGGAUUUUAUUAAUGCAGUAGAAUAUGCUAUAGAAUCUAGAAACCCGGAAAAUUUUAAGCAAAUAACUGAAGAAUAUGGUCAAUUCAUUCCAAUUGAAGUUAUUUUGGGCGGAAGAGCUUACUAUGAGGGGCAUAAGGUUUUAAAGGAAUAUUCUGAAGUAAAGGCUAACAAAGGUUCUAUAAAUAUAAGUGGUGGACCAAUAGAGAACAGAAUAGGAAUUGAUUCCACAAUUUCAAAAGGAAAAUCUAAUUCCUAUCAACAUGAGUGCACAAAAAUUAUUGGAGGACAAGAACCUGAAAGUAUUGGAAAUUUUGACGAAAAAGCUUGGGUUAAAUCUUUAAAAGAUUUUCGAAAUUGGGAUUGCAUAGAAUUCAAAAAUCCAAUUAGUAUCUUUCAACCCUUGUCUGAAAAAUUACGUAAACGAAUAAUUUUAUCUUUAGGGAAAAAAAUUCAUUAUUCAACAAUUAAUAACACUGAAUGUAAUUUUGUGAAAUUGGGAGAACCAUUCAUGUAUGAAUUACGCAUCCCGCAUCAUAUUUCAACUAUAAUUCACAACCAGGAUGCUGAUUGUAAUAUUUUUGCAACUGUUAUUGAUGCUGAGGAGAAUGCUUUUAACUGUCAAAUACUUUGUCCUCCAAAUGCAAAACCAAAUCUCCUAAUUUAUUGUAUUCAAGAAAGGUUUAGAGAACAGAAAUGUAAAUUGAAAAUUGGAUGGAUGGUUAUUGGUUACUAUACAGAUUUGAAUUUUAUUCUUUCGGAAUUUGAUGAUAUGCAAUUAAAAAUCAUUAAAAACGAUCUUAAUGCAACAUCUGAAACACAUUAUAGCGAGCACUUAAAUUUUGAUUGUAUUUCAUUUAGCGGUAAUGUUCCUUGUAUUGGAAUUCCUGUGCUAAAGACAUUGGACUUUUCAAAAAUUUCUCAUGUCAUCGGACAUCGCUUUUUCAAUGUUCAGGAAGAAAAUAAAGUUGGAUCAUACACAUUUUCUUAUAGUUUGAAGGAACAUAUUUGCGUCAAACUACCCAAAUUUACGUUUUAUACACUCAUCAUUUCAAAUUAUCAUGAUCCUAAAGCCUAUGGCAUAUCCCCUUGCAGACGUAGUACUAUUAUUAAUAGGAUAAGAAACACACUUACUAGAACUAAUCCUUCAACUAAGUUAAAUCCAAAAUAUGUUAGUUUGUUUCUCACGGCAGAAAAUAAUUAUGGUCCAAUUUUUCCGAGACAAAUAUCUAACAAAGUCGAAUAUAUAAAUAUUAGCUGUGAUCACAAUUCUUGUACUUGUAGAAAUAAUGUAUUAAAUAUGACGGAGAAUUUGAAAUAUGCAUUCUUUGAUCCAGAAAAAG